UAAACAAAACAUGGCUUAACCAAUCAUAGCACAGAGAUUUUCACGUGACCAUGUGAAAGCCAAUGGAAACUUGGGAGUUGAGCAGUUUUACUUCAUACUAGGAGUGAGACACAUCGAGUGAGGUGAAACAAGUAAAAGUUAGUUAUAGAAAAUACCGGUUUCACAGUUAUAAGGUGUGUUGAGCUACUGAGGGGAACUCAUAACUCAGGGUCGGGGGGAAUACUGGAUACAGUGAGUACCGUGAAAAUUGUACUAGUACACAAUAGUUCAACCUACCCUGUAGUGUACAGCACUAGUAGGAGAACAGGAUCUAGAGGAGGAAGAAUAAAACUAGUGAUGAAUUGAUAAAUUCUGGAAUAUAUGACAAGAGAAGGGAGCGUAGCCAGGGGAUCCAAUAUGGGUACUCUUGGCAGGGACACACAGGCUGACAGGGGGUCCAAUAUGGGCACCAUGGUCAGGGGCACCCAAGGUGACAGGAUUUCUGUCAGGGACGGAGCUCGGAGUAAAACCCCUCCUGGGACUCCCAGGAGAGGGAGUAAACUUCUCUCGGUUCGGGUUCAGCUCCUGGAUGAUUCUGUAACUGUAUUCCAAGUUCAGAGUAAAGCUGCUGGUCGAAUGUUGUUUGAGCAGGUGUGCAAGCAACUAAACCUCCUGGAAACUGAUUACUUCGGUCUAGAAUAUACUGAUGCGCAUGGUAUUACGUUUUGGUUGGAUAGAGACAAAUCAAUGAGUCAACAAGUUAAUCUUCCUUCAGUGGAUCCUCUACUCAGGUUUGUGGUAAAAUUUUACAUGCCUGAUCCUAGCCAACUAGAAGAAGAAUAUACUAGAUACCUUGCUGCUUUACAGAUUAAACGUGACCUGGCGACCGGUCAUCUUCAUUGUAACGACAACACAGCUGCACUAAUGGCAUCAUACAUCGUUCAAGCUGAGUGUGGAGACUAUGCAGGCGAGGAUUAUCCGGACCAUACUUACCUUUCUACAUACAACUUCGUGCCUGGCCAGGAUAAAGAACUUCAGAGGAAAAUAAUGGAGAACCAUAAAAAACACACAGGACAGUCGCCUGGUGAGGCUGACCUCAACCUCCUUGAGACUGCUAGGCGCUGCGAACUCUAUGGGAUAAAAAUGCAUCUUGCCAAGGACCACGAAUCAGUUGCUUUAAACCUGUCUGUAGCGCAUAUGGGUGUUCUUGUGUUCCAGAACUACACCAAGAUUAACACCUUCUCUUGGGCCAAGAUUAGAAAACUCAGCUUCAAGAGGAAAAAAUUCCUGAUUAAACUUCAUCCGGAGGGUUAUCCUGAGGGAUACUACAAGGAUAUUGUGGAAUUCUAUUUCGAGGAGAGAAACCAGUGCAAGAACUUCUGGAAAAAAUGUGUUGAGCAUCAUGGAUUCUUCAGGUGUUCAGAGACUCCUGUUAGAAACAGAGAAAAACCUAAAAUAAUUAGCAGAGGUUCAUCAUUCAGGUAUAGCGGGAGAACACAGAAACAAAUGCAGGAGCAUGUCAGAGAAAACUUUGUUAAGCGGCAGUCAUUCCAAAGACAUGUUGGUUCUCUGCACGGAAGUAUGGGUAAUGUCGGGAUGAGUGUUUCCGCCCAACCCCUUCUACCCCUCGGAGACAACCAUGUUGUUGGUACAUCGGCUUCUGUUUCCUGUGGUUCUAUGAAUCUAUUUCCUGACGACCAUAGGUCUGUAUACUCAAUGGGGCGGACGGUAUCCAGGCUCAGAGAUUUUGAUGAUUUCUCAAUGGAUUCUCCAUAUUCGGGUCGGAGACCGUCUAGUCACACAGCCUUUGUCCCCCAGCCUUGUUCUCCUGGUUCAAUGGAUUCUAGUCCUCGUAGAUUGGUUUAUGGUGUACAACAUUUACCUAAUUUUCAUCAUGAUCAUCUACAUCACCAGGAGCAGGAUCAACUAGGGAUAAAUACUCUUCAACCAAACUCUCAGAGAAGAGAGCGUGCUCGGGAAGCGCUCCUGAGACGAAACCUUUGUGAUUUUAAUGUGUCCCUAGAGAGCGGAGCAACAAAUUCAGUUUCCUCUAGGACCGGAACCACAGAGCUUAGGACGGAUCCUACUGUUGUCCCCAAUUUCUCUGGUAGAAUGGAUCAUCAGGGAAAAAAUCAAUCUCAGUCUAAUACUUCUCUUCACUCCAACCAAUCUGCAAAAUCUGAGGACCCGGAUUCAAUUGAUCAUCUCUCCUCUGAGGACAACCUUAGUCAUGAGUCCUACGACCUCCUGGAUAAAGAAGAGGAGGCCCAGAUUAACUCAUUCUCCGAGAAUAUGAAAACUGUUCUCUCCAGAUCUGAACUUUCAUUCGAUAAUUCAGUUUCAUACUCUCAACCCCUGUCCAUGCCUCCAACUCCGAAUAGAGUUGAAAACCUGGACGGAAACUUUGUUUUAGAUAAUGAUCCAGGUCAGUCAACACGGGAUGAUGUUAACAGCAAUGUUAAGAACAAGAUUAAUAACCACUCCAGCACCCACUCUAGCAGGUUGUCAAUAAACAGCUCAGGGAUGUCGACAAGUCCUGUUCCAGAUUCAGUUAAUCUCCAGAAACCUGUAUCUACGCUGAGUAGAAGAAGAUCAUCGGGUUCAGGUUCUCAGAAGUCCAAGAGCUCCAAGGGGAGUAAGAGUGGGAGUGGAUCUAGGAUUAGUCUAAAAGAUGAGCAACAAGAAAACCAAAACUGUUUUCAGGGUCAUGAAGUUCAUCAGGAAGAUAAUAUUUCCUCGACCUCAAAUAUUCAAUAUUUUCCAAAAAAUAAAUCUAAACAAGAACUUAACAGGAAUGGAGGCAAAGUUAGAGACGAUUCUAGAGAUAGCGGAAUGCACGAAAGUUUGAUCUUCCAGAGCCCUACAAACUUAAAAUACUUUUCUUCUCACAUCAGCCCUCAACCCUACAGUUCUAGAACUCUACCAGGGAAGAAGAGAAGAGAAAAAUCUCCAAUAACCUUUACACGAGGAAAACUGAGUGUUGAUUGUUCCUCUAAUUCCUCCAGUAGCCACGCUUCCCCCCGGAUAUCUCGACCGAAAUCCCUGGAUUUCUCUGUCAUUGCACUGACAGAUCUUCCAAGAAAGAAUGCAUAUUCCUACAGGGAUGAUACUAUAGAUCAACACGAUUUCGAGGAUAGUUCUUCAGCUCUCAGUGCUCAAAAUGAAUUGAAUUAUGCAUCAAGUUCUGAUGUUCCUCCGACUCCAGAAAACCCGGAGCUUCCAAUGAUCAGUGCAACCCGGAGCUUUAACUCGUCUCUGAAAACGAACCAACCUUGUAACUAUAAACAAGUAGAAGAACGGAUUUAUGAUAUUCCGGAAGGAAUAGAGAGAGAACUUCGCUCUCAUUCUCCGAUAUCUGAGACAUAUUCAAAGAAACCUUUUCCUCCCAAAUAUUAUAUGGAUCAGACUAAGUUUAAAACCUACCUGGAGAUAUCAGGAAAGUUUUCCUCUGAGGAUUCUGAAUCAGUUUCCAACCGUCUGAGCUUUAAAGUUUUACCUCCUCCCAGGGUGAUCAAUAAAGUUUCAUCAACUGAGAGUGAAUCAGCUCCUUCUAACCAUUCUGUACCUGCAGCAGUUCAUUUUGAUUCGGACACCCUGUCUCUCCCUCUGGAUUUGUUGAGCCCCCCAAUGGAAUCUGAGAGCUCUGGAGCACUGGUUGAAUCUGAAAGUUUGCCCGCACCUCCACAGUUUGGAAGUAACAAGGACGAUACGGAUAUUGAAGAUGACGUAACUCCUAAAGGAGAGGAUUUAACCCCGGACUCUCUCGAUUUAUGCAAUGAUACAAAUACUAUAAAGAAGAACAAACAUAGUUCUCUCUCUCAAGCAAAUGUAAGACAGGAAUCAACAUAUGAAACGAGAGCUGAAGCUGUCCUGGAGUCACAGCUCACUACUGAAUCCUUUCAGGGUGAUUUAGAACCGCAACCAGACAUUUUGGAUUCAGUUACAGAAAUAGAUUCACGACCAAAUCUGGGGAAAAGACGAGAAAGUGCUUUACUUCGUGCUCUUGACACAUUUGAUUCAUUCAACCUGGAGCAUGAGUUUCCGGUAACCCGGAGACAGGAAUCAACCUACGAGGAUAGAGCCGAGGCUAUGCUGGAGAAACAAACUACAAUAGAUUCGUUUACUUCACAGAACUCAAUUGAUGAUAAUGUAUUCCUGGAUUAUCCAGGGCCUCCUGAUCCUCAGGAAGUAUGUCCUGUUAAUACUAGGGAAACUCUUCUAGAAUCUCAGAGUACUUUUGAGUCUUUCACAACAGAGUGUGAGGUUCUUAUCACAAAGAAAGAGGAAUCAACCUACGAAGAACGUGCGGAAGCUCUUCUUGAGUCACAAAAUACAAUUGAAUCUUUCACUACUGAAGUGCCAAAUGAUGAAAACGUUUUUAGAGAGGAAUAUGAUUUUAAUGAAUCUUUUGAUUCGUCGGGAAGACUGUUACAACACUUUCAAUCUUCAGAUGCCAAAGAAGUCUUAAUAGCAGACAUGUAUGUAAAAAAAGUUGGUAGCAAUGAAUCUGUUUCUACAAAUGGUGAAUCAGAAUUUGAUACGGUUCCUUUCCAGGAGGAUGGAGUUAAUGUAGACUUAAACGAGUGUACUUGCAAUGACAGCUACUGUUUUCGAAAUGUUGUUCCUCCUCCUUUACAGAAUCCUGUGUUUAUACCCUCAUCACGCAGCAGCAGCGGAAGUAGUUUUGAUUGUCCGCUCAACCUGGAACUAAGCACUGACGCUGAUACUCCUGUCAGAGAUCUGUCCAACAGCUGUCUAGAUUUUCCUACCGGUCCAUACGAUAUCGUGGAUCCACAGCAUUCCUAUCCGGAGGAAGAUUUCGGUUCUUAUAUUCUCCAGAAACCUGUUGGAUUCAGAGACGGAUUCCUAGGUCCGUUUCACCAGAGAACUCUAUCACGGAUUAGUGAAAAGAGUUCUAAUGAGUCAGGAUCCCCACAAUCAGAUGGCCCGCCUCCACCUUACGCAGAUAAUACUUCAGUUAGUGAUCAUGAGGAACAAAACUAUACAACAAGUGAAGAUAAUGAAAAUGCUCCAAGUAUUAGCUCUGACUUACCGGAGAACAUGGGUCCACACCUGGAGCUACAGCCGAACCCGUCUUUUGAUGAUGUUCAGGUUGAAUACAAUAUGUCUCCUCCCAGCUCUAACAUUGAAUCUCCCAAGAUAACUGAAUUUACACAGAUAGAUCAGGAUACUUUAGAGGAGGACCUAGAUGAUACAAAUGCAGAAGAGAUCAAGACUGAAGAACGCAAUUCUCCUAUAGAGAUUCAUCCUGAGAUGUCUAACUCUAUAUCCAGUGAAAACAAUAAUACAAACAGGGACUUGGAUGGUUCUCUCCAUGACUCUAUGGAGAUCCUUGAGGAUGUAAACACUAUUGACUAUUUUGACAAUGAAGAAAAACAAUCCUAUGAUGAAAAUGUUCCAGAUGUUAGCAUACCAGAAAACGUUAAAGAAAACGAUGGCGAACUAUCUGGAUUAUUUCAGAUCAAACCAGAUGAUUUUGAAUCCGGAACCUAUAACACCGGACAAGAAGACAUGCAUUCUGGAAGCAGCAAGACUAGACCAGAGGAUUGUGUAACAGAUAGUUAUCACACCAGAGCAGAGGAACCAGAAACUGAAAGUUACCAGACAAGACCAGAUGAUGAUGAAUCUGGAAGCCUCCCAAUAAGACUAGAAGAUAUUGUUUCUGAAAGUUGUUUACCUAAACCAGAAAAUGUUGAAUCAAGAUUAGAGGGAAACUAUCAGACCAGACCUCGUGAUAUAUCUGAUCAUUCUGGUAGAUAUGUAGUCAAGGAAGGUUCAGAAGAACUGAUGUUCUAAUCAAGUAUUAGAUUCACAGUGGGACACAUUUUUAUAAAGUAUUAAUCUUCCCUAGACCUUUUUGCUCAAAUCGUUCAUUUCAACAAAUUAAAAUUAAUUAAAUUCUGCAUGUCUAGGUUAUCAAUGGACAAGUUGUCAAAUUAUUAAUUUUCAAAUUGUCAAAUAUUAAUUGGCAAGGUGUGAAGUUAGUAAAUGACAAGUUGUAGAAUUAAUUAUUGGCAAGUUGUCAAAUAAAGUUGUCAAAUUAUCAUUGACAAGUUGACAAUUUGUUUGUUUUGAUAUCAAAUUAUUAAAUGGCAAGUAUUAAAGAAGUUGUCAAAUUAUUAAUUUACAGGAUGUCAAGUUAUUGAUUUAAAAAUUGUCAAGUUGUCAAAUUGUCAAGUUGUCAGCCCUGAUCUUUAUCUUUUUACAAAGAAGAACUAUCUAGUCAGUAUUAUACUAUUCUCAUUUCUCAUCAAUGUAAAUGUAUUCCCCCUAAUGUACUUUAUAUCGUACCCUGCAAUCAGUUUCAAGAAAUAUUUUACAUUCUUUGAGAAAACCUUGUUAUGUUUAUAAACCUGCGAAUUCUAUUUUCUGCUUGUAAUCAGUCGUAUUUUAUACAAUAUAAAAUAUAUGUUAUUCAUUCGU